AUGAGGUACACAAACGUUAUUCCUCGCGAUAACACUUUUGGCAUAAAGGCAGAUGACGGUUCCUGGACGGGCAUGCUAGGAAUGGUACAGAGAAGGGAAGCAGACAUCGCCAUUGGUCCCUUCGGUCUCUCGCUCACCCGCGCUGAGGCGGUAGACUUCUCCUGGCCGCUAUGGUACGAAAGCUCGCGGAUACUAGCUGGUCGUGGGCGUCCAGAGAUCGACCCGUGGGGCUUCGUGCAGCCCCUUGCGCCUCUGGUGUGGGUUGGCAUCCUUGCGGCGAUGCUGGCCGUGCCUCUGGUGGAGUUCCUGUUCUCAUGGUUGCUCUCUGUCCGGAACUCUGCUUGGAGCAACUGGUUGCUCAACACAUUGGAUUUUGCCUUUGUACUAUUGCAACAAGAUCCGUACCUACCCAUGAAGUGGUGGUGGGAGCGGGUGGUGAUGCUGGUGUGGAUGAUGGUGACGCUGGUGCUGACGCAGAGCUACGCCGGCAACCUCAUGGCUCUCCUGGCUGUCAGACACAUCCCUCAGCCCUACCAGUCCCUCCAAGACGUGCUCGACGACCCGUCAGCGGUGGUCAUCACACAGAGCAACACAAUAAACACCGAGUAUUUCCGGGUUGUCAAAUCGGGAUUAUUGUAUGAAGUAGCAAACCUGGUGACCAAGAAUCGCCUUAUAUUCAAGAGCCAGGUGGAGUACCCAGAGCUGGUGGGGUCCCUGCUGAAGAGUGGUCGCCACGUUCUCUUUGAUGUCAGCCACUUGCUCAGAAAUCUAAUGGCUAAAGAUUAUUCAAGAACAGGAGUUAUGAGAACCAGAAACGAAGAAGAGAGCAAGAACGAAGAAGAGAACUUGAACGAAGAAGAGAGCAAGAACGAAGAAGAGAACUUGAACGAAGAAGAGAGCAAGAACGAAGAAGAGAACUUGAACGAAGAAGAGAGCAAGAACGAAGAAGAGAACUUGAACGAAGAAGAGAGCAAGAACGAAGAAGAGAACUUGAACGAAGAAGAGAGCAAGAACGAAGAAGAGAACUUGAACGAAGAAGAGAGCAAGAACGAAGAAGAGAACUUGAACGAAGAAGAGAGCAAGAACGAAGAAGAGAACUUGAACGAAGAAGAGAGCAAGAAUGAAGAAGAGAGCAAGAAUGAAGAAGAGAGCAAGAACGAAGAAGAGAGCAAAAAAGAAGAAGAGAGCAAGAAUGAAGAAGAGAGCAAGAAUGAAGAAGAGAGCAAGAAUGAAGAAGAGAGCAAGAACGAAGAAGAGAGCAAAAAAGAAGAAGAGAGCAAGAAUGAAGAAGAGAGCAAGAAUGAAGAAGAGAGCAAGAACGAAGAAGAGAGCAAAAAAGAAGAAGAGAGCAAGAAUGAAGAAGAGAGCAAGAAUGAAGAAGAGAGCAAGAACGAAGAAGAGAGCAAAAACGAAGAAGAGAGCAAGAAUGAAGAAGAGAGCAAGAAUGAAGAAGAGAGCAAGAAUGAAGAAGAGAGCAAGAAUGAAGAAGAGAGCAAGAAUGAAGAAGAGAGCAAGAACGAAGAAGAGAGCAAGAAAGAAGUCAG